AUGUCUAUUAAUUCAUUACCAAAUUUAAAUAUAUCUCUCAAAGAACUUGAUCCAGAAAUAUCAUCUUUAUUAUCUCAAGAAUAUGAGAGACAGAGUAGGAGCCUUGAACUAAUCGCUUCAGAGAAUUUUGUAUCUCAAGCUAUUAUGGACUGUUUAGGCAGUAUUUUUUCAAUCUCAUAUAAUGAUUUCAAUAAUAGUGGCAAGAUUAUAUCUCCAAGUAUACAGAAACUAGAAAUUUUGACCAAACAAAGAGCAUUAAAAGCUUUUAAUUUAGAUUCAGAGACUUGGGGAGUUAAUAUACAACCUCAUAGUGGGUCCCCAGCAAAUUUUGCUUUAUUAUGUAGUAUUUUGAAACCACAUGAUCGUUUGAUGGGUUUAUCUUUACAAAGUGGUGGUCAUUUAACUCAUGGACAUUAUACAGGAACUCGAAAAGUUAAUUGUUCAUCAUUUUAUUUUGAAUCCCUCCCGUAUAUAUCAGAUGAAAAUGGAUGGAUAGACUAUGAUCUCUUAGAAAAGAAUGCUUUAUUAUAUUGUCCAAAACUAAUUAUUGGUGGAAGUAGUGGUUACCCUAGACAAAUAAACUUUGCAAGGAUUCGAGAAAUUUGUGAUAAAGUUAAGGCAUAUUUUAUGGUAGAUAUUGCCCAUUAUUCUGGUCUAAUUGCAGGCGGAGUUUAUGAUUCUCCAGAGAAAUAUGCAGAUUUUAUUACUACAACAACUCAUAAAACUUUAAGAGGUCCAAGGUCAGCAAUGAUUUUUUAUAAUAAAAUAAAGAAUCCGAAUAUAGAAGUUAUUAUAAACAAAACUGUGAAUCCUGGAUUACAGUGUAGUACUCACUACAAUCAAAUAGCUGCUUUAUGUUGUCAAUUAAAAGAAGUAUUAUCUGAUAAUUGGAAAAUAUAUGCUUCAAGUGUCUUGUCAAAUUCUAGAGAAUUAGCUAAAUAUCUUAAAAAUCAAGGUUUAGAUAUAUUAACAGAUGGUACAGAUUCACAUAUUAUACUUAUAAAUUCCAGGAAAUUCAAUUUAAGUGGAUUAAAGACUGAGAAAAUUUUGAGUGCUUGUGGAAUAUCUUGUAGCAGAAGUUCACUUCCUUGUGAUGGUAGAACAAUGAAUUGUAGUGGAAUUAGAUUAGGAUCAGGUGCAUUAACAACUAGAGGCCUUAAUAAAAAAGACUUUAAAAUUGUUGCAAAUUUUAUAAUGGAUGCUAUAAGGAUUGGCCAAAAAAUACAAGAUAAUGGUGCAAAAUCUAUUGAAGAUUACACUUCUUCUUUUGAAAAGUAUUCAGAAAUUAGGGAGAUAAGAGAGAAGGUAAGAAAUCUUCUUAAAGAAUUCGAUUUUCCACCUUUUGUAGUUAAUUAG